AUGGCUAAACCUAAAGGAGAGAGAAAAGGUAAAUCCGCGAUCAAUGAAGUCGUGACGCGGGAAUACACUGUUAAUUUACACAAACGGCUACAUGGCGUUGGUUUUAAGAAACGCGCUCCCCGUGCUAUCAAAGAAAUCCGUAAAUUCGCCGAAAAACAAAUGGGUACCCCAGACGUUCGUGUUGACACCAGGUUAAACAAAUUCCUGUGGUCCAAGGGUGUAAGGAAUGUUCCCUUCAGAGUGCGUGUAAGGCUCUCCCGCAGACGUAAUGACGACGAGGACUCGGCACACAAGCUGUUCACCCUAGUGACAUAUGUACCCGUUGCAUCCAUCAAGGGCUUGCAAACUGAGAACGUUGAUGCUAGCCAAGAAUAA